UUGACUUCACGAUCGUAAACUAGUGGUUGAAAUUAGAUGGUAUUAUUACUUUUCCGGCGCUGAUGUCUGUUUUGGAAAGGUGACGGUGUCGCUGUUUCGCCAGUGACUGGCUUUUUUUGCAAACCAGCUAUUCGAAUUUCUGUUUUUUACUGUGCCGGUACGGUGGCCGAGGAGGUUCGAGUGCGGCGGAAGUACCCGGAGGGUGGGUGUGCGCGCAAGGCCGCAGCCAGAGGUGCACGUGGCGCCGGUAGGACAGAGUAUGUCUUUUCGAGGCGGAGGUCGUGGAGGAUUUAAUCGAGGUGGUGGAGGUGGCGGCUUCAACCGUGGAGGCAGCAGCAACAAUCACUUCCGAGGGGGAGGCGGCGGCAAUUUCAGAGGAGGCGGCAGAGGAGGAUUUGGUCGAGGGGGUGGCCGCGGAGGCUUUAACAAAGGCCAAGACCAAGGACCUCCAGAACGUGUAGUUUUAUUAGGAGAGUUCCUGCAUCCCUGUGAAGAUGACAUAGUUUGUAAAUGUACCACAGAUGAAAAUAAGGUGCCUUAUUUCAACGCUCCUGUUUAUUUAGAAAACAAAGAACAAAUUGGAAAAGUGGAUGAAAUAUUUGGACAGCUUAGAGAUUUUUAUUUUUCAGUUAAAUUGUCAGAAAACAUGAAGGCAUCAUCCUUUAAAAAACUACAGAAGUUUUACAUAGACCCAUAUAAGCUGCUGCCACUGCAGAGGUUUUUGCCUCGACCUCCAGGUGAAAAAGGACCUCCAAGAGGCGGUGGCAGGGGAGGUCGAGGUGGAGGAGGUAGAGGAGGAGGUGGCAGAGGUGGAGGUAGAGGAGGUGGUUUUAGAGGUGGAAGAGGAGGUGGAGGUGGGGGCUUCAGAGGAGGAAGAGGGGGUGGUGGUUUCAGAGGUAGAGGACAUUAAGUGUAAUAGUUGACAGACCACCGGUUGACUUCUGCAUUAACCUGCAUGAUCUACUUCUGUGGAUUGGGAACUUGCUUCUUGAUCAAGUCUUGAAGAUCUGGUCAUUUUAUGACAGUGGAGCUAAAAAUGUCAACGACAUGCAAAAAUGACUGUAACAGAAUUGUCAGUUUUGCUCUAACAGAGCAUGAGCAAGUCUUUUAAUAUUUUGUAUAGUGCCUGGCACUCUGUGGGUGCUUAAUAAAUGGACAGGAGUUUUCAUUUGAAGCAUAUUUGAGUUUUUAAAAUAAAAUGUAUAUUCCUUUAA